UUGUUUUAAAGUUUUAAAUUUAUUUUUCUUUAUUCUUUAAUUUUUAUUCGCUGUAUUAAACAUGUGGACAUUUUUAUUAUUCUUCUUAGUUGCACUAUCAUCAAUGAAUACAUAUUCUUCAUAUUUAAAUCAUGUAAAUUUACCACCAGAACAUGUGAUUUACUAUUUCAACACAUUUGAAACUGUCGCUAAAGCUUGUUUAGCUGACCCCGAGUGUCCUUUUAAAAACCUGGUCGGAAGAAAAGCUUGUUGGGGAUAUGAACGUAACUGUAAUCAGUCUCUAUCAUAUCACGUUAGACCGCGAUGUCCCGGAGACCAUCGUGGUUGGGUUCAGACGAAAGAAGCUCAGUAUUCCACAUUUUUUACCCAAGCAGACUUUGGUUAUGUUAAAGAACAAAUAGAAGAGUUAAUGGUAAUGUGUGAAGCUUCAUAUCCUCUUGACUCAUCCCUUGAAUGCUCCAAAUACUUAAGGUUUUGCAGAGGGCGGAACCUCAUGCUGAAUUUUACAGGCCUAGUGGGUCGCGGUAAUAAUCUUCGUUAUAAGAUGGACAUACUAGGACCUGGACAAAUAGGAGGCUACUGCAAUUUAUAUUCGGAGCGUCUCUUGAAAGAGGCUGAACACAUGAGUGCCCUGCAAUCAUGGGCCCCGGAGCUAGUGAAUUUUGUAAAAACAGAUAAAAGGCCUAUUCCAAGUGGUAUUUGUGAUGUUACUAUUGAUAAACCAACUUUCAUUAUGAAGUUGGACGCAGCUGUAAACAUGUAUCAUCACUUUUGUGAUUUCUUCAACUUGUAUGCUAGUUUGCAUGUGAACUCUACUCAUCCAUCUACAUUUUCAAGAGAUAACCACAUUCUUGUAUGGGAAACUUUUACAUAUGACUCUGCUUUUAAGGAAGCCUUCAAAGCUUUUACCAUUAAUCCCAUAUUGGAUUUAAAAACUUUUAGAGGAAAAGUUGUAUGUUUUAAGAAUGUUGUACUACCAUUGCUGCCAAGAAUGAUUUUUGGUCUUUACUACAACACUCCAUUGAUUUACGGCUGUGAGAGAAGUGGACUAUUUCAUGCAUUUUCGAAGCACAUACUACACUCAUUGAAUGUAAAGCUUCAAAUACGCGAUAGUGACAAGAUAAGGGUUACUUUACUUUCUAGAGGAACAACAUACAGAUCGAUAUUGAAUGAAAAACAGCUCCUGGAUGCCUUGCAUAAGGUGGACGACUAUUAUGUUCAAAGAGUGGUCUAUGACAGGACUAUGCCCUUCACUAAGCAGCUAGAGAUAACUCACAACACAGACGUGUUUAUUGGCAUUCAUGGCGCUGGUCUCACGCAUCUAAUGUUUUUGCCUGAUUGGGCAGCUGUUUUUGAACUGUACAAUUGUGAAGAUCCGAAUUGUUAUUUUGAUCUAGCGCGAUUGCGUGGUCUUAAAUAUGUCACUUGGGAAAACAAAGAGAAACUUGUUCAACAAGAUGAGGGACACGGGCCCAACGGCUCACAUGCAAAGUUUACGAAUUAUUCUUUUGAUGUCGAAGAGUUUUUAAGACUGGUUGCAAAAUGUGCGGAACACGUGAGGAAACGACCGGAUUUCAAGAGUUUUAUUGAAGCAUCACUUAUGAAGAGAAUGCAUGAAGAAUUAUAGAUUUAAAGGUAAGAGAUUAAACAAUUAAAAAAUUUCAUUGCAGAAAUCUGCUAAAAAGGUCUGGGUUGCACCAUGCGUCAAAAAUCUGUCAAACGCCAUACAAAAAGCACCGGUUAACGUUAUAGUUACCGUUAAAGUUAGGUGGUGCAACUCACCCUAAGGUAGGAAUAGUUAUGUAGGAAUGUUAGGUUCAAAGACAUUUCAACAAAAAAGUCAUGUGACGUUUAUGUAUGGGUACAACGGCAACGUCGCGACGUCGUAUUAACCAAUACGUAUGGACAUUUACUUCUAAAAUUCCAAUUUGAGGCUCAAAUAAUUGUUUAUGCAUUGAUAUCGAUAUUUUAUGAAAACGAAUUUGCUACUUUCAAUGAAUUACAAAAUAUGUAGUGGUUUUAUCAAACAGAAUUUACAGAGAUUAUUCCCAUCUAACAAAAUUAUUAAUUAAAAUAAUAUAUUACUAUUUUUAAAAAUGUCACUACAGAACACUAAUAAAAUGGGCACUUUAAUACAUUAUAACAUUGUUUUAGUGUCAUUAAAAUAUAUGUAUUAUUUCAUAUUUGUUUAGGUAAAGUAGUUGUUUCUUUGUGUACCUAAUAGGUCAGGGGUGUAAAAGAAGAGUUGAUAAAACCAUAAGGUCAGAUAGACAUUUCAUAGAUUAACAGUUUCAGUAUGGAAAAAUGUUAAAACUGACGUAAUUCUGAGAUUAAUAUUUACUCUUGUUUGGUCGAAUCCACCCUAAGAUGUGCAAUGGUUUUUACUUAUUGUGAUAACUUGUAGGUACAAAGUAUUAAUGAAGUGAUGCUAAUGAUGUGAUGAUUGCGUUAGAUAUUUUAGUGGCUGUUAGAUGAAUCUCAAAUAACAUAAAAUGUUGAAGAGAUAUGAGAGCAUAAUUAACAUUUUUAGAGAAACAGUUAAGCUUAGUUAUAAUAAAACGCUAAUGCAACAUUUCUAUAAAAAUAAGCGUAAGAAAUAACAUUAAUUUAAAAUAAUAUUAGAUAAUGUAACAAUUGCAUAAUUAACAUUAAGUACUUUUUAUAAGCUCAAGUCAAACAAAACGCAAUUAAAAUUAAUAGCGUUUUUAAUCUCCAACUUCAUUGAUUAAACAUAAUUUUUCAAAUCAACAGAAAAACUAUUUUGUUUAAGUGUGAACUAAUUGGGAUAAAAUCAUAUAAGGCACAUUAUUAUUUUAUUGUUUUAUUUAAAUGGUGCCAACUGCUAAGUACAUCUUUAAAACAUACGAGAAAGUUAUUUAAAGGUGCCAUGAUAUCCCGAAGCACGGCGCGAAUCGCCGGCCUCGCGUCCUCAUAGAUUUUUGAAAUGGUUUUCCUUCCUAUUGCAUCAGGCUAAGUCAGAAUAUUACACAAAAAUAAAGUAUUAACCGCAAAUGGCAUAUUAACGCUUAGAAUCUAUCCAAGUAUUAGCAUAAUCUGUUUUUGCCUGGUUUAUUUUAUGUACUAUAGGUACUAUGGAGGUCUGAAUUAAUUAAUUAAUUAAUUUUAAUUUUAUUCGGAGAAAUAAAUGCCUUAAAGAGGUCUACAUGCGAAAAUGAACGAAAUUUUAUCUCUUACAUGUACAUUUUUAUGAUGUUAUGAAUUACAUCUUCCUGUGGUAUGGUGAAAUGAAAUGUACCUAAAUUACUUAUCUUUCGUUGAACAAUUUAAAAUGUCGUCUUUAAAGAAGCGAAGAAUGUUAUUGAUAUAAUCUGGUUUAUUUAUUAUUCGCGAAUGCACCGCUAGUUUAAUUGUAACAGCGCCGUCGAACGUAAGUUCCAUAAUUACAGUCCGCGAUAUUCAGAUAAAUUGUUCACAAGAUCGGCCGCGAGUUUCAUGUCCCGUUGAAUUAUUGAUGUACACUGUUACAGUUAAUCCUCAGUUUCUCAGUAAUUUUGGCCAGUAAACUUAAGUACUAUGUACGUUUUUAUGAAUUUAUUACAUCGACAGUCUUCUUAUAUUUGUCCGGUAAGAUGUGUCUGUUAUUUUUAUGGCUAUGUUGCGAACAUAAUUGCAGAUAUAGUCGAUUAUGUGCGAGUCCUUUUAUCGAGUGUAAAUUGACAUAUAAAGCCUCUAGGGGUUAUUUAUUGUACAAUGCCUAAGCAUUUCAAGUAUUACUAUCAAAUGUAAAAUAUGUUUGUUUGUACAUGUGUCGCAGUUGGAUUGUAUAAGUAAACCGCCGCUUUACAUUAAUUAGUUUUAAAAUAAGUAAGUAAACAUUUUCUUGACCAAGUAUGCUCAACGGAUCCCUAAAAUUAAGAAGCAUAAGAGCAAUAAAGCGCAAAACAAUCAAAUAAUAUGGAAGCAAUAUUUAUUAAGGGAAAUUAAUGACGAAGCCCGCCCGGCCCCGGGCUCUGCGCUCAUAACUUUU